UCGGAUUCCAUGAUUCCGGGGUGUGUGGAUCCAAACUUGUUCAAAGCACGAUGCUUUUUGUGGUUUUCUCGAUACCCAUUUGCUUAGUUUGAUAGUACUGGGCUCCGUUAAGUUGUAGUUGAUCAUUGUUAACUUGAAUAUCAAGGUCAUUCACUUGUGUCAUAUUGUCUGAACAGCUGAAACAAAGAAGUUCCUACACUGAUAAACUGGAGCUGUGUCCAAUUUGGCAGGUACAAGAAAUGGCAAAACAGACCUGAAAAGUCUCGAAUUAGAACAACACUAGUAGUGGGAAUCUAGUCUUAUUAUAGUCUUUCCUGGAUCCAACAAUAUCAGGCCCUAGCCAAAUCAAUACCAGCUGCGCUGUUGUUCUUCUCUGGAGUUAUGGCAACCUUGUCACAUUCUGAGUCCAGGCUCUCAUAUUCUUGGUGGUGGGAUAGCCGCAUUAGCCCAAUCAAUUCAAAAUGGCUUCAGGAAAACCUUGCAGACAUAGAUGCCAAAGUCAAAGCAAUGAUCAAGCUCAUUGAAGAGGAUGCAGAUUCAUUUGCAAGGAGGGCAGAAAUGUACUAUAAGAAGCGCCCAGAACUCAUGAAAUUAGUAGAGGAGUUCUACCGAGCAUACCGUGCAUUGGCAGAGAGGUAUGAUCAUGCAAUGGUGGAGCUACGCAGGGCCCAUAAAACCAUGGCAGAAGUAUUUCCCAACCAAGCACAUUACACGGUGACUGACGAUUCACUCUGUGGUUCUUCAGGCCCUGAUGCUGAAUCACACACAAUCUAUGCAUCCUUGGAGCCAGAUGACCUACUGAAAGAGGCAUUUGGAAUUUCAUCAAUAUGCAAUAUGUCAAAAAAGAAUGAAAGCAGUUCAGAAGAACCACACGGGAGAGCAGAAAGUGAAGUUCAAAUCUUAAGGAAAGCCCUGGCCAAAAUGCAAUCUGACAAGGAUGCUAUCUUUCUUCAGUAUCAGAAGAGUUUGGAGAAGUUAUCCGAAAUGGAAAGAGAUCUUAACAAGGCACAAAAAGAUGCUGGAGGCCUUGAUGAACGAGCAAGUAAAGCUGAAAUUGAAAGUAAAAUAUUGAAGGAAGCCCUGGCAGAGCUAAAAGUUGAGAAAGAUGCUGGUCUAGUUCGGUAUAAUCAAUGUCUAGAAAGUAUAGCUAGACUGGAGACCAUGUUAUCUCUGGCCCAGCUGGAUAUGAAGGGACUUGAUGAGAGAGCUGUUAAGGCAGAAACUGAAGCCAAAAAUAUCAAGCAAGAACUUAUCAGAUUGGAAGCUGAGAAGGAUGCUGGUCUUCUUCAAUAUAAGAAGUGUCUUGAAAAGAUUUCGGUUUUGGAGGCUAAGAUAACCCUUGCUGAGGAGAAUUCAAGGAUAUUACAUGAGCAAAUUGAAAGAGCAGAAAUGGAAGUUAAAGCACUGAGGAAAAAUCUUGCUGAAGUGAAUGAAGAAAAAGAAUCUAUAGCUGUCCAUUACCAUCAGUGCUUGGAGAAAAUAUCUAAAAUGGAGAAUGAACUUUUGCAUGCCCAAGAAAAUUCAGUGCAACUAAAAAGACAAAUUGAGGAAGGGCUGGACAAACUUAAGAGUGCUGAAAAACAUUGUGAUACGUUGCAGAAAUCAAAUCAUUCUCUUCGGUUAGAGGCUGAAAAUCUAGUGCAGAAGAUAGCUAUGAAAGAUCAAGCACUCUUAGAAAAGCAUACUGAGAUAGAGAGGCUACAGACUCUGAUGCAUGAAGAGCAUUCUCAUUUUCUUCAAAUUGAAUCCAUUCUACAGAUUCUGCAAAAGUUGUACUCUCAAUCACAACAGGAGCAAAGAAGUCUUGCUUUGGAGCUUAAAUGCGGGCUUCGGCUGUUGAAGGAUUUAGAGCUUUCCAAACAAGAUUUUAAGCAAGAAAUGCAAGAUAUUGUGGAAGAAAACAGGACUCCGAAUGAAUUUAACUUCUCUUCAGCUAGGUCAUUGAAAAAACAGCAAAUGGAAAUCUCUAAAUUGAAGGAGCUCAAAGACAAACUUGAACGAGAAUUUGUUGUAAACGCCCAAGAAAGUGAUGCCCUCCAGCAGGAAGCUCAUCAAAUUAAGGAUGAUAUCCAGCACUUAAAUAAUAGAUAUCAGGCUAUGCUACAACAACUACAGACUUUAGGUUUGAAUCCUAAAUUUUUGGCAGCAUCUAUGAAAGAUUUACAAAAUGAGAACUCAAAGCUGAAGGAGGUCUGCAAAAUGGAACGCAAUGAGAAAGAAACUCUUCGGGAAAAGUCAAAGGACAUGGAUGAACUUUUGAUAGAAAAUGCCUUCAUGGAAUUCUCCUUGUCAAGAUUGAAUGUUGAGAUAGAUGAAUUAAGAGCAACAGUGAAGAAAUUUCAAGAUUCCUGCCAAGUUCUCCGAGAAGAAAAAUCCAUCCUUGUUGAUGAGAAGUCAAUUCUACUUUCACAGUUACAAAUUAUCACUGAAAGUAUGCAGAAACUAAUGGAGAAGAAUACUUUGCUGGAGAAGUCCCUCUAUGAUGCGAAGGUUGAUCUUGAAUGUUUGAAGGAUAAAUCAAGUAGUUUGGAAGAACACUGUAAGUUGCUAAAUGAUGAGAAGUACAAUCUUGUAAAUGAAAGAAGAAUCCUUGUGUCUCAGUUGGAGAGUGUUGAGGCGAAACUAAGUAACCUGGAAGGGAGAUUUGCAAAAUUAGAAGAAAAAAAUGGUGAAGUGGAGAAGGACAAAGAAAGCACAAAUAAUCAAGUAGAAGAACUCCGUGCUUCAAUUUUGGUGCAUAAAGAAGAGCAUGCUAAUCAUAAACACUCGAGUGAAGCCCGACUGGCCAAUUUGGAGAAUCUUGUUCAUGUACUACAGGAAGAACGGUGGUUGGGGAAGAUAGAAUUUGAAGAAGAACUUGACAAAGCUGUAAAUGCUCAAGUCGAGUUGUUCAUAUUGCAUAGUUGUAUAGAAGAUUUGGAGCUGAAGAACUUGGCCUUGUUAAUUGAAUGUGAAAAGCUUGUUGAGGCAUCAAAACUUUCUGAUAAAGUUAUCUCUGAGUUGGAGAGUGAAAAUCUAAUGCAACUGAUAGAAGAAGAGUUUUUGUUACAUGAAAUUGGAAAGUUUAAAAUGGGUAUUCAUCAAGUGUGUGGGGCUCUUCAGAUUGAUCUAGAUGGUGGGCAUGACAAAAGAAUCAAGCAAGACGAAAUACCAAUAUCCCAUAUGUUGGACAACAUUGAGGGCUUGAAAAGUUCUCUUGUGAAAAGCCAAGAGGAGAAGCAGCAGCUGAUUGUAGAGAAUUCUGUCCUCCUAACUUCACUUUGGCAACACCAAUCUGAGGGAGAAAGGAUGGAGUCAGAGAAAAAGAUCAUGCAGCAAGAGUACGAGAAAAUGAGAGAGCUGAAUGUAUUGUUGCAGAAAGAUAAAGUUGAACUUCUGGAGAAGAACAGGCAACUGAGUGCAGAAGUGGCCAUUGGAGAAGAAAAAGAGAAUACAUCAAAGUCCAAAUUGGUGGCUCUGCAUGGCGAGUUGUUAGAUUUGCGGAGAACAAACCAAGUGUUUCAGGAAGAAAAUAGUAAGGUUCUUGAGGAGAAAAAUUCAUUGCUGAGGAGUGUUUUGGACCUCAAAGAUGCAAUGUCCGCUGCUGAAGAUGAGAACAGUGUAAUCCUCCAUGAGGUACUAGCUCUAAGAAACCUUAGUUUGGUUUAUGAGAGCUUUCUCACUGUGGGAGUCAUUGAACAAAAAGUCCUUUCUGAACAUCUCAGUCGUUCAAAUAGUGACCUCAACCAGGAACUUGGUUUGUUAAGGAAGAAAUUUAAGGUGAAAGAAGCAGAGAAUGUUUAUCUGAAAGACACAAUUGAAAAGAAAGAAGCGGAGCUGCUAGACACAGAGAAAAGGCUAAAGGCUGCAGAGACUUCAACUGUAGAGUUCGGCAGAUGUAUUGAGGAAUUGAAGAUGGAACAAGAAGAAUCAAGGCUUAUCAAAGAAAAUCUAGACAGGCAGGUUCUUGAACUAUCCGAAAACUGCAUGAAUCAUAAAAAGGAAAUGGAAAACCUACAUGAAGCGAAGAGAAGUUUUCAGUCUGAGAUGAGAUUAUUACUUCAUGAAGUUGAACAACACAGGGCUAGGGAAGAAACACUGAGUUUAGAGUUCCUGGAUAAAAAAAAUGAAUGCGAACUCUGGGAGGCUGAAGCUGCUGCAUUCUAUUUUGAUCUUCAGAUUUCAUCCAUUAGUGAAGCACUAUUGACAAGUAAGGUUACUGAGCUUACUGGAGUUUGCAAGAGACUUGAUUAUGAAAGUGCUGCAAAAUGCUUGGUGAUUGAACAGAUGACAGAAAGAAUCAAUUUAUUGGAAAGUGAAAUUGGAGGGCUGAACGGGCACUUAUCUGCAUUUAUUCCGGCCAUUAUCUCUUUGAAAGAGGAGUUUGCAUCUCUAGAGCACACUUCCCUUCUUUGGACCAAUAAAACUUCUGUUGUAGACAACGGAGAAAAGAAGGAUGUAGUGAUUGAGAAAUGUCUACAAGAAAAUAGAUAUCAGGGUUUAAGAGAAAAUGAAAGUAAGUUGAUACCAGAUGGGGUUUCAGAUUUACUGAGCAUGCAGACAAGGAUUAGAGCAGUUGAAAAGGUACUGAUGGAAGAAAUUGAAAGACCUCUCAAGGAGGAAAGCCUGACUUCUAAUGUUGAAAUAGGAACUCUGACAAAAGUUACUGAAGAUUCAAAUUUGGAAGUUGCCACAUAUCUAGAAAUUGACAAUAGAAAAUUGGUGAUGGAAAUUAAGGACGACAGUACACGUGACCUCAAUGCAUGGAGAACAAAAUCUGAAAACAGGUUAUUGAUGAAAGAUAUUCCACUGGAUCAUAUGCCUGAGAUUAGUGAAGCAAAUAAUCAAGGUUCUGCUCCAACAGAGGAUGCUAUUACAUGUCAUCACUCAGACAAUUCAAAAAAAUGUUCAGAAUUAGAGGUGGAGAAGGAAUUGGGGGUUGACAAGCUUGAGUUGUGGAAAACUGUAAAAGAGACAACUGAAGAUGGCAAGAGGAAGAUGUUGGAGAGACUUGCCUCAGAUGCUCAGAAAUUGGCCAUUCUUAAAAUGACUCUGCAAGGUUUGAAAAAGAAACCAGAAACAAAGAAGAAAAGCAAGAAGAGAAAUGAUAUUGAAUAUGAAACAGUGAAGAUACAUAUAGAAGAAGUUGAGGAAGCUGUCAUGCAACAAGUAGAUAUUAAUGAUCAACUGAAAAAGGGUAUUGAAGAAAGCACCUUAUCUUCAAUGGAGUUGGAAAAGGGUUCUGAACUGAUAGGAAGGUUGCAGUUCGAGGUGCAGAACAUCCAAUAUGUUUUGUUCAAAUUGGUCAAUGAGAAGAACAACAAAAGAAAAAACAGAUUAUCUCGUCCAACUGGUGUGUUGUUGAGGGACUUCAUUCGCAUUGGGAAGAAAAAUAACCAAAGGCGCAGUAAAGUUUGUCUUUGUGGAUCUUCAAGGCCUUCAACUAAUGAGGACUAAGUCACAAAUUUAGAGACAGUAUGUUGUAAGUACUUACUUCAUUUGGGAUGUUUCUACAACUAGCGUAUCAAUUCUUAGUUUAGCUACUAAAGUUGGAGCUUUAUCACCAGCAAUAAGAGAUUAUCAGUUUGACUUGUUUGAUCAUAGGCACAGCAACUUCUUUGACAUCUCUCUGUAUGUUUUAGCUUCCAAAAGAAUUGUAUUGUAUGACAUGAAG